AUGAAAUGGGUUUGUUGCAUGGUUGACUUAUUGGCUGAAGUAAGUGCAUUGAAUACACAUGGGAAAUCAUUCACUGCAUUAGAAGCUGCUACAAUACCUGCAAUUGUGCAAUGUAUAGAAUUAAGACAUUCAGGUAUGUUUUUUCAAGGUAUAAAGUAUGCAUUUAUUUGUAACUCCAGCAAGAGCAUACUUGACAAGAUAUCUGAUAUACUCAUAAUAGCUGAUGUUUAUGCAUACAUCAAUCUUGUUUGCAUAAGAAUCUGUUCUGAAUGGAUCGCAGCGGCAAGAAUGUUGGGAAUAUCAUGCAUGUGUGUAAUCAUACAACUUGCUUUUCCAGCAACGAUUGGUACGAAUUGGAGAAGAAAGCUAUUCCAUGUCUGUGCGUUUUUUGUGUUUUACAAGCAGGACGAAUUGUCUUUUGUACUUGCAGAAGGUCUUCUUCUACUAAUGGCGAUUUUAUCGUCUUCAAGGUACAUCAAUACGCAUUUAAUAAUGUUUCUUAGCAAUAACGAUCGUGGAGCAACUGUUGUUUCUCAUGCAUAUCUCCUUGCUGCGUGUGUAUAUCCCAGGCUGUUCAUAAAAGAUGAAGAGUAUGUAUGCUCGUUAAUAUCGAUAUGUUUUCUAGAUACAGCGGCUUCAGUGACUGGACAGCUACUUGGGAAGAAAUCAAAAUCCAUCUAUGGCAUGGCUUCAGGCAUAUUGCUUGCAUUAGUAGUAUAUUUUAUUCUCUAUGGAAAUCACAUUAGAAUGGAAUACUUUUUAUUGAUUGGGUUGGUCGAAUACAUUGCUCCUAUUAAUGACAACAUAUCUAUACCGGUACUUUCUGUGUUAUACUUCAGAUUCAUGCGCUUUAAUUCCAACAGCAUCCUGCUUUAG